AUGAAACUGCCAGACUUGCGCUCGUGCACAAUCAACUGUCCCCCGAAGAAGUGUUCAAAAGACGAUCUGAAAAAGUCUUACGACGUCAGCGUUGUUCCGGACCGCUUGCAGCUUACCAAGAGCUCUCCUACCCAAGAGACAGUACAAGUUAACAAGCGCACGGUGAACCGCUACACUGGUUCCUACCGCCCCAAUAUAUGGAACGAGCAAGCUGGCGCCGGCGUUUCAGUGAACCUCCAUUCCGAUUCGGAGACGCAAACAUCGACGCGCUCCGCCGUCCUCCGAGGCUCGCCCUUCUAUACGAGUCUAGUCCGCGAUAAAUUUGCCCACAACCUGAACUCUUCUGCAGACGUUCAGGCGCAGUCAGCAGAUAUCGAGGGCCAGAAUAGUCUGAUCUCCGUGGACUCCGUGGCGAGCUUCACCCGGUUUGUGUUUAGACUGACCAACCCUCACGUCGACCGCAAGGUGGAACACAUGGUUUUCGGGAAUUACAACCGUUAUGUCGCCGAUCUAUUGUCUAGGGCCUUCUCCGACCCCAAAACCUGCAUCUUCGCAAGCGCUGCUGCACUCGAUAGGGCUCUACGGUUCCUUAGCAUACACAAUGAACUUCUGGAUGCUGCCAACCUCGUCUAUGCGCACGGUCGACGCAUGCAAUUGGUGCAAAACAUUACCACGUUCAAUAUCCGUCUCCAAUGCGCACUGAAACGGAAAAUUACACACCUUGCAAAUACCACUGUGCGCGAAAUGGCCGAAAUAGGUGUCCAACCAAACAGUCACACGUGGGCUUUGGUCUAUGCGGCAGUCGAGACGCUCGACGCACGGGCGGAAGUACUCAAACUCAUUGAGCGUUGCAAUCCGCGAAUGAGCACAACAUCUUGGUCCCAUCUCGCAUUGACCAUGUUUGAGGAGCAGCUGAAGCUCGCCAGUGACAAGGAGUUGAAUUUGCUCGCUUCCAUCAAGGAGCUGGAUGAAACAUUUGGCCGUGACUGGAUGUUCCCCAAAACACUUGCCAGGGGCUUGCACAUUUGCAAACAACGCAACCUCGAUAAAGUGGCAAAGCUGCUCUUUGAGGUCGCAGAGCGACGCGGCAUUCAGAUGACCAAAGAUAUUCAUGUUUACCAUUUCGCACUUGCUCGCCGUCAGAAGUCCACGAAGAGAGCCGUUGACCGGCUAUGCUCGAUGAUUAGGAAGGAUGAGGAGCCCAUGCUAUCCCUGGUGAUUCCGCGCGUGUUCAUGACCGCAUGGAGUCAGAAGUGCACCAACACUUGUCGUGUACUCUGGGCAUUUGCUGCAACGCGAGGCUUGAUCACCCAAACCAUGCAGACAGUCGUCUACCGCGCCUUGCUUUCAAACACCAAGACUAACCCCAAGGCAGAAUCGCCAUCGAAAUCCCAGGUUGCGCGCCUCGCUUGGCAACGCCUGGCUUCCAAAUUGAUAGUUGGAAUCGAUUUUGAUAGUGCAAGAUUCCUCGAGCACUUCCCUCUUCUGGCGGCUUAUUUUGGGCACAGCGCCUCUACGAUUCAGAUGGUCUCAACCUGGACACCCGACGACGGCACACGAGACGAGCAGAUCUCCCUCGACUACACGACGCUGCAUCGAGACUUGGAGGCAUGGCAAUAUCGACGGCCAAUGGCCAUCAAGGUCUUAUCAGAGCUGCUGACCGAAGCAUAUCAAAUGGACUUGGCUUGGCUCAGAAGUGGCAAGUUGAACAAUGCGACUGCGGUCGAGCUCGACCCACAAGCCAUAGACAUCAAGCGUCAUCUCAAUGGCGAUUGGCUAGGCUACAACACGAGACUAUCGAGAGUACGAGAAGACCUUAUCAGGGAUGCGGAGGCCUUCGGGCUGGAGACGAAAGAAGACGGUAAUCAUUCUUGGGGCUAUAGGAAAUACGAGAGUGAUCAAUGA